CACAAAUUUUGCCCCUUCUUUCCUUCUUUCUUAAGGUUCUCCCUUCCUUCUUCCAUUUUAAUUCAAGCGGUUUUGAAGAGAUGUUUGGGAUGGCAGCAAAGGUAGUGAUCACAACGGUGGUGGUGGUUGUUGGGUGGUUGUUAUGUGGAGUUGAGGGUAAACAACCAGUGUUGCAUAACGUUGGAGGAGGAAAAUAUACAUGGACAACUAAUAUUAACUUCACUGAUUGGUCCAUUCACGAGCACUUUUAUGUUGGUGAUUGGCUUUAUUUUGGAUUUGAUAAACAUAUCUACAACGUGUUAGAAGUGAACAAAACGAGCUACGAGAAUUGCAACGACAAGGAUUUCAUUUUCAACAUAACAAAGGGAGGAAGAGAUGUGUUCAAUCUAACAGAAGCAAAGACAUACUAUUUUCUAAGUGGAAGAGGAUUUUGCUUUCAAGGAAUGAAAGUUGCUGUUUUUGUUGAAGAAUACUCUACUCCUCCUCCCACUAUAAUUUCACCACCAAAUCUACCCAAAAAUAAUCCCAAUCUUUCUCCAUCUUUAAAACCAUUAUUAAUACCUUUCUCCUUCUUGCUAUUAAUUGCUCAAUAUUUCCUCCAUGAGCCUAAUCCCUUCUUUUCUAAAUUGGUACAUUUAUUUAUAUGUUAAAUAAUUAGGGCUAAAAUUAGGGGUUAGCUUUGCUUGGGUUUGAAUCCUUUAACUUCACUAUGAUUCAAGUUUAAGUUUUGUGUUAAAGGAAUGAUAAAAUAAAUUUGAAGUUAACUAUAGUUAGUCAUUAGGGUUAGGGUUAGUUAGGUGGUUGAAAGUUUGAACUUUGACUUGUUUGAAAUUUGUAAUUGGAGUAGAAGAGAUGGUGAAAUAAGAGUACUUUUUUACAUUGGUA